AUAUACCCUGCAGGCCAAGGGCAUUUUCAAGCAAUCCCCUCUUCUUCUUUUGCCAUCACUUAGUACUACUCUUCUGGUGUGUGUUUCUGUAUUGAGGAGGGACUUGCUUUGUAGCAAAGGCCAUGGCUAAGUUUAUUGCUGUGUUUCUCUUGGCACUCAUUGCCAUUUCCAUGCUCCAAACCUUGGUUAUGGCAUCUCAUGGACAUGGAGGACACCACUAUGAUCAAAAACAUUAUGGACCAGGAAGUCUCAAGAGCUUCCAAUGCCCAUCACAAUGCUCGAGGAGAUGCAGCCAGACUCAAUACCACAAGCCAUGCAUGUUCUUCUGUCAGAAGUGUUGCAGAAAGUGCUUGUGUGUGCCACCAGGGUAUUACGGUAAUAAAGCAGUGUGCCCUUGCUACAACAACUGGAAGACUAAGGAAGGAGGACCCAAGUGCCCCUGAUCAGAUUUUCCCUUUAUUCUCCCAUCCUAAGUAUUCCCAUUUUAUUCUUAUUAUUAUUGUUAUUGUUAGCGCUACUAUACUAAAUUAUUAAGUAUUUGUAGUACCAUCUGCUAACUAUAUUGAUACUCUUAUGUAUCUUGUUUUCUCAUUAAGCUGUGUUGGAAUUUUGUAAUUUCAAGCCACUCCUUGAGUUGUCUUCUCUAAAUGAGAGUGGCUGAUCUAUUAUUAAAUUAUCAAUGAAUUUCAUGGUUUAUUAUAA